AAAUCUCCACCACGCCUUACCUCAUCCAAAGAGAAAAUGGCGACUUCAUUCUUCCCUAUCUUAUCGUCUUCACCCUCCAUUUUCCUUUCCUCUUCGACAACUCUGAGACCACCACUACCCAUCCACCUCAAGAAGAGACUCAUCUCUUUCUGUGCAACAUCUCUCCACUCCCCGACAACUGAUCCCCCGCCGGAGGUCCAGACUUUCUGGAAAUGGCUUUCGGACCAGGGUGUCGUCUCUCCCAAGUCCCCCGUGAGGCCAGGAAUGGUCCCCGAAGGCCUAGGACUCGUUGCACAGAGAGACAUUUCGAGAAACGAGGUCGUCUUGGAGGUCCCUGCGCGGCUCUGGAUAAAUCAAGAUGCAGUUGCAGCUUCUGAGAUUGGGCACCUCUGUAGUGGGUUGAAGCCUUGGAUGGCCGUUGCCCUGUUCUUGAUCAGGGAGAAGUUACGAGAGGAUUCUUCGUGGCGGGUUUAUCUCGAUAUACUUCCGGAGUUCACAGACUCCACUGUGUUCUGGUCAGAAGAAGAACUAGCUGAGCUUCAAGGAACACAACUCUUGAGCACAACAUUGGGUGUGAAGGAAUAUUUGCAGAAUGAAUUCUUAAAAGUAGAAGAACAGAUCCUACUCCCCAACAAGCAACUCUUUCCAUCCCCGAUAACAUUGGAUGAUUUCUUAUGGGCAUUUGGGAUACUCCGAUCGAGGGCGUUUUCCCGCCUUCAUGGUCAAACUUUUGUCUUGGUACCUCUUGCAGAUUUGAUCAACCACAGCCCUAGCAUAACUUCAGAAGAUUAUGGAUGGGAGAUUAAAGGAGCUGGACUUUUUUUCUCCAGGGAUCUCCUGUUUUCUUUGCGAGCUCCUGUCUCUGUUAAAGCUGGUGAGCAGGUUUUGGUUCAGUAUGAUUUGGAUAAGAGUAAUGCCGAGUUAGCCCUGGAUUAUGGAUUUAUAGAGUCAAAGCCUGCUCGUAAUGCUUAUACUCUAACAUUAGAGAUACCAGAGUCAGACCCAUUCUUUGGAGAUAAGCUUGACAUUGCUGAAACAAAUGGUUUGGGCAAGACUGCAUAUUUUGACAUUUUUUUGGAUCACCCUCUCCCACCAGCAAUGCUUCCAUAUCUUAGGCUUGUAGCACUCGGGGGAACUGAUGCUUUCCUGUUGGAAUCUAUUUUUAGAAACACAAUUUGGGGCCACCUCGAGUUGCCCAUGAGCCGUGCCAAUGAAGAGCUCAUAUGCCGAGUUGUCCUAGAUGCCUGCAAAUCUGCUCUUUCUGGCUAUCAUACCACGGUUAAAGAGGAUGAACAGCUGAUAGCUGGAGGAAAUCUCAAUCCAAGGCUUGCAAUAGCAGUAGGAAUGAGAUCAGGGGAGAAGAAAGUCUUGCAGAAAAUUGAGGGGAUUUUUGAGAAAAGGCAAUCAGAACUAGACGAGUUUGAAUAUUAUCAAGAAAGGAGGCUUAGAGAACUUGGUCUUGUUGGGGAGCAAGGUGAAAUCAUAUUUUGGGAAUCCAAUUAGGUCAAGCCAAUUUCUUCAAUCAUAAGCAUGUUGCCGUGCACCACUUUAAAGUACAGCCAGAAGAGAAGGGUGUUACAUCCAUGCUAACACCUAAUGGUUAUAUGUGUGUUUUUUCCACAGAUGAUUCAUGCUGCCCAGUUCAUCAUGAUGACUACUUUUCUCCAUAGCCAUAUUUUCUCCAUUAGGCCAUUUAUAUGCAACCUCUUCUUCAAAACAUUGUAAGAGUAGAGGAUUUAUCUUCUCAAUAACAAUGACUAAUGCUGCUUGCGGCUUCGCUUUUAUUUUUGGUAAUGGCUUAGGGCCUGGUGUUAUACACAUUAGAUGUGGACUGUUUUUGAAGGAAGGUUUAAUGUUUUAAUUUUGUUCCUAAACUUUGUCUCAAUGCACUUUUUGGGUCAUUGAGGAAUAUUCUACACUU